AUGUCUGCUGCCAGUGAAUCUAAAUAUUCGACUGAGGUCCUUUCCGAGUUGUUGAGCAAAUUGCAAGUUGCCGACAACAAGGAUGAGGCCGCUGCUAACGUUUCUUCAUUCUUGAAUGGAUCCAUCAUUGAGCACGAUGUGCCUGAGGAAUUCUUCAAGGACUUGAAGACCCAGAUCAACAACAAGAAGGAUGUUGGUGUCGUCAUUGCCGCUUUGAAGGCUUUCGAGCACAUUGCUUCUCCAAACGGCAUGAACCCUUCUGUUGAGCCAUACGUUGUCUCCUUGGCUUCUGACGUUGCUGUCAGAACCGGUGACAAGAACAAGGAGGUUGCCGCCGUCGCUGCCGCCGCUUUGUUGUCCCUCGCUAAGGCUAUCACCCCAACUGCCAUCAAGGCCCUCUUGCCAGCUUUGUUGGACAACUUGUCCACCACCAACAAGUGGAACGAGAAGACCGCCAUCUUGGCUUCUAUCACCCAGUUGGUUGACACUGCUAAGGCCCAGAUCGCCUUGAGAAUGCCUGAGUUGAUUCCAGUCUUGUCUGAGGCUAUGUGGGACACCAAGAAGGAGGUCAAGGAGGCUGCUACCGCCACUAUGACCAAGUCCACUGAGACCAUUGACAACAAGGAUAUCGAGAAGUUUAUUCCUAAGUUGAUCGAGUGUAUCGCCAAGCCAACUGAGGUCCCAGAGACCGUCCACGUCUUGGGUGCUACCACUUUCGUCUCUGAGGUCACCAUGGCUACUUUGUCCAUCAUGGCCCCAUUGUUGUCCAGAGGUUUGGCUGAGCGUGACACCGCCAUCAAGCGUAAGGCUGCUGUCAUUGUUGACAACAUGUGUAAGUUGGUCGACGACCCUCAGGUUGUUGCUCCUUUCAUGAACAAGUUGUUGCCAUCUCUUAAGGCUAACUACAACACCAUUGCUGACCCUGAGGCCCGUGGUGUUACCCAGAGAGCUUUGAACACCUUGAGAAGAGUCGGUAACGUUGGUGCUGACGACUCCAUCCCAGAGGUCUCCACCGCUGGUGACAUCCCAGUCACCUUGGACGUCUUCAAGGGUUUGGUCAAGGACCAGAAGUUGUCUUCUAGAUUCGACGUCGCCUUGAACUACAUUGCCGCUAUCGCCGGUGACUUGAUUGACGAGAGAGACAUUCAGCCAGACUCUUGGUUGCAGAACCUCUUGCCAUUCACCACCAUCUUCUUGCACGAGAAGGAGUCUAAGGAGGUCAUCGAGGAGUUCAGAAAGAGAGCUGUUGACAACAUCCCAGCUCCUCCAUCUUUCGAGGAUGAGGAGGACGAUGGUGAGGACUUGUGUAACUGUGAGUUCUCUUUGGCUUACGGUGCUAAGAUCUUGUUGAACAAGACUCAGUUUAGAUUGAAGAGAAACAGAAGAUACGGUCUUUGUGGUCCUAACGGUGCUGGUAAGUCUACCUUGAUGAGAGCCAUCGCUAACGGUCAGGUCGAGGGUUUCCCAUCCCAGGAGGAGUGUAAGACCGUCUACGUCGAGCACGACAUUGAUGGUACCCACGCUGAGACCUCUGUCGUCGAGUUCGUUAUUGCUGACGGUGAGGUUGGUUUGACCAAGGACGCUGUCGAGGCUAAGUUGACUGAGUUCGGUUUCUCCGACGAGAUGAUCAGAAUGCCAAUCUCCUCCCUUUCCGGUGGUUGGAAGAUGAAGUUGGCUUUGGCCAGAGCUGUGUUGAAGAACGCUGAUAUCUUGUUGUUGGAUGAGCCAACUAACCAUUUGGAUACCGUUAACGUUGCCUGGUUGGUCAACUACUUGAAGACAUGUGGUAUCACCUCUAUCAUUGUCUCUCACGACUCCGGUUUCUUGGACAACGUUGUUGAGUACAUUAUUCACUACGAAGGUUUCAAGUUGAGAAAGUACAAGGGUAACUUGUCUGAGUUCGUCAAGAAGUGCCCAUCUGCUCAGUCUUACUACGAGUUGGGAGCUUCCGACAUCCAGUUCACUUUCCCAGAGCCAGGUUUCUUGGAGGGUGUCAAGACCAAGCAGAAGGCUAUUGUCAAGGUCAACAACAUGUCCUUCCAGUACCCAGGUACCUCUAAGCCACAGAUCACUGACAUUAACUUCCAGUGUUCUUUGUCUUCUAGAAUUGCCGUCAUUGGUCCUAACGGUGCCGGUAAGUCCACCUUGAUUAACGUCUUGACUGGUGAAUUGUUGCCAACUACUGGUGACGUCUACGUCCACGAGAACGCUCGUAUUGCCUACAUUAAGCAGCACGCUUUCGCCCAUAUCGAUAACCACUUGGACAAGACCCCAUCUGAGUACAUUCAGUGGAGAUUCCAGACCGGUGAGGACAGAGAGACCAUGGACAGAGCCAACAGACAGAUCAACGAAGCUGAUGAGAACGCUAUGAACAAGAUCUUCAAGGUCGAGGGUACCCCAAGAAGAGUUGCUGGUGUCCACUCUAGAAGAAAGUUCAAGAACACUUACGAGUACGAGGUUUCUUGGAACCUUGGUGAGAACAUUGGCAUGAAGAACGAGAGAUGGGUUCCAAUGAUGUCUGUUGACAACACCUGGUUGCCAAGAGGUGAGUUGAUCGAGACUCACUCCAAGUUGGUCGCUGAGGUUGAUAUGAAGGAGGCUUUGGCUUCCGGUCAGUUCAGACCAUUGACCAGAAAGGAGAUCGAGGACCACUGUACCAUGUUGGGUUUGGACGCUGAAUUGGUGUCCCACUCUAGAAUUAGAGGUUUGUCCGGUGGUCAGAAGGUUAAGUUGGUCUUGGCUGCUUGUACUUGGCAGAGACCUCACUUGAUUGUCUUGGAUGAGCCAACUAACUAUUUGGACCGUGACUCUUUGGGUGCUUUGUCCAAGGCUAUCAAGGCUUUCGAGGGUGGUGUUGUCAUCAUUACUCACUCCGCUGAGUUCACCAAGGACUUGACUGAGGAAGUCUGGGCCGUCUUGGACGGUAAGAUGACUCCAUCUGGUCACAACUGGGUCCAGGGUCAGGGUUCUGGUCCAAGACUCGAGAACAAGGACGACGAUGAGGAGGACAAGUUCGAUGCUAUGGGUAACAAGAUUGCCGGUGGUAAGAAGAAGAAGAAGUUGUCUUCUGCUGAGUUGAGAAAGAAGAAGAAGGAGAGAAUGAAGAAGAAGAAGGAGUUGGGUGACGCUUACGUCUCCUCUGACGAAGAAUUCUAA